GAUCGAGACUGGUGUCAAUCGUGACUUCAGGCUGCGGCGCAAGAACAGCCAAAGUACGAUAAGGGUAUCUGACACGAGAGCGUCCCAUAAAAUAGACGCUGGCGCUGGAGUGUGUGAUCGCGAAUCUGGAAUACCUCAGAAGAUCGUCUGUCGUGUUGCAGCUACCUAGGUAGGUACUUAUACAUCUGACCAUCACAGGCUGUCGCAAGGAGUCUACAGUUACUAAUUUUAUACGGUUUCUCCAUCCAAUAUCAUGCCUGCAAAGUUUCAAGACCAAGUGGUCCUCAUCACCGGCGCAGCCAGUGGUAUCGGACGCGCCACGACACUCAAACUCGCCACCCAGGGGGCAUCUCUUGCAAUCUGCGACAUCAACAUGUCUAUGCUGACCGACACUGAAUCCAUCCUACCCGAAAAUACGCCGGUUCUUUGCCAAAAGGUCGACGUAUCGUCCGAAGAAGACGUCGUAUCUUUCGUCAAGGCUGUUGUCAGCAAAUUCGGCCGUCUCGACCACGUAUUUAAUUGUGCUGGCUUGAACCCCUCCAACAUACCGUUUGAUGAGACAAGUCUGGAGUACUUCGAUAAGCAAAUUGGGGUCAACGUCAAGGGUGUGUUUCUCGUCACAAGAGAGAGCCUGAAGCAUUUGAAGAGAGGAGCAAGCAUUGUUACGGUGUCGAGUAUGAGUGGGACGCGUGGAACGGCUCUACAGAGCAUCUAUAAUACCACGAAACAUGCUGUUAUCGGCAUGAUGAAGUCUGUUGCGCUGGAGUACGGACCAAAGGGCAUUCGUGCCAAUUGCGUUGCACCAGGGUACAUCAAUACUCCCAGUAACAGCGGUAUCGUACAGGGUGGUGAGAUUGUAGAGAAAUGGGCAAAGGCUUGUGCGCUUGAGCGAUGGGGUACGCCUGAGGACGUUGCAGAUGUUGUCGUGUUUUUAUUUUCAGAGGAAGCACGAUAUGUGAGUGGAGCAGUAUACGAGGUAGAUGGAGCUGUCAAGUGGUAGUUGAAGUGUGCAAUAUGAUCUCGCGACGAUACAUCUGAAAAUUACGAUC